GUGAUGUUGCAGGAGGUGGAAAGGGAGUCUCUGCACUCAUCAAGUAUCGCCACUACACCCAAUCCUCCUCAGUGAAGUCAGCAAUCCUGAUGACUUUUGUCUAAUCAGCUGCUUCUUACAUGCGGACCUCAGCCUACCGGAGUAACAGGACUUCAGGACUCCAGGUUCUAUUGCAGGCUAUUAAAGCCGAUUUUGCUAAGAUUUUAUUUACACUUGUCGUGUUCAUCUUAAGAGUCGCUGAGCGGCCUGUGUGGAUUUAAAGAAACAGCAUCUCCGCCAUAAAGUGUGUAAAAGGAUGCAGAAUCCCCCCCACUCGACCUAGAUUUAUAUACACAGACACCUGCAGGCUAACAUGCGUGUUGAAAAAAAGAGUUAAAUGACGGAUGGGAAGAAUAAUGCUGCCGUGUUGCCAAGUGAUGAUCUACAGAAUGAAGCUCGACUUCAAACACAUGAGACGCUGUGUUACAGAGAACAUCAUAUUUUGGUGAGAAGUAAUGAUCUGCAGAAAUAAAAAAUAUUCUGCAGAAGGGAUUAAUACUCUUCACAUAGAAAUAAUUGACUGCAGGGUGGAGCAGCAGAUUACAAGAAGGAAAAAUACUCUGCAAGGUAGGGCGUAAUGCUCUGCUCGAAAGAGGAACCACUAGCCACUUUAUCCCAAAGGACUUAACUGCUUGUGACAAUUACUUGUCCGAAAUGUGACCAUUGCUGAACGCAUUCCCCUUCUCUCCCUUCCUUCCCUCUCUCACCUCAACCUCUAACAUCCCCUUCACCUGUACUCUCUACCCCUUAAUACCCCUCCCCAUUUCACAUUUUAACCCUUCUGUCUCUUCCAUUCCCUUUUUCUUAAUUUUACCCCAUUUUAUUCCUUCAAUAGGAAUACCUGCCUCUUUCCUUUCCCCUGUGAUUCUCUCAGGGCCUACCUCACUCAUUGGGGUAUGAUGGGUGAUGGUCCCGUGAAUAGGCUAGAGAUGGUGACCUUUUGCCUGAAUUCUCUUCAUGGAUACCUCCCUAGCCUCGCACAAUUGGAACACUUCUUUCAACUCUUCAAGGAACCCUUUUCCUACCAAUCCUCAUUAUGGGACUCUCUUCAUAAUGCUUCUAAUGGACCUGCUAGCUGUGGCUGGGAAUGUGGCAGUAAUGGGGGUUAUUAUGAAAACCCCAUCCCUCAGGAAGUUUGUUUUGGUCUUCCACUUGUGCAUGGUGGAUCUUCUAGCUGCACUGACCCUUAUGCCCCUAGCUAUGUUAUCAGGGAGCGGGGGACCCUCCAUUUAUGAAGGACAAGGUUUGGGGCAAAUGGCCUGCCGUGCCUACCUCUUUCUGAGUGUUUGUUUGACCAGCACAGGCAUCUUAUCCAUCUCUGCCAUUAACAUUGAGAGAUACUACUAUGUUGUGCAUCCCAUGCGGUAUCAAGUCAAGAUGACGAUGGGACUGGUCAGCUGGGUACUGGCUGGUGUCUGGAUCAAAGCCUUGCUGACCUCACUCAUUCCAGUGCUGGGCAACCCACCGGCCCCAGGACACUGUAGCCUGCAGGGAGGUGGCAACAGUGUCUUCCGAGCAGGAUUCCUCCUUUUCUACUCCUCAUUCUAUUUCCUACUGCCUCUCACUAUCAUUAUUGUUGUCUACUGCAGUAUGUUCAAGGUGGCACGAGUUGCAGCCCUCCACCAGGGGCCUCUCCCAAACUGGAUGGACACCUCACCUCAGCGCCGACGAUCAGAAUCUCUAAGCAGCCGAUCAACUAUGGUGACAGGUUCAGGUGCCACACGUGGGACCCCUCAACAAAGGGUGGCAGGUAGUGGUGGGGGUAAGGCAGCUGCUGUUCUGGCUGCAGUAGGAGGGCAGUUCCUGCUGUGCUGGCUGCCCUAUUUUGGCUUCCACUUGUAUGCUGCACUGCGUUCCCCUCCUCCUUCCCCUGGAUCACGAGUAGAGUGGGCAGUCACAUGGAUGGGUUUCCUCUGCUUUGCCUCCAAUCCUAUUUUCUAUGGCUGCCUAAACCGACAAAUUCGUGGUGAAUUGGGACGAUGGGUAGGAUGUUUUUUCAAAAGGGGAAGUACAGGGGAGGAUGAGCUUCGGUUGCCCAGCAGGGAGGGUUCCAUUGAGGAGAACUUCCUUCAGUUUCUGCAGGGUACUGGCUGCCCACCAGAUGCAAGGGUACCUUCCCGUAUCACUCCAAAGGGUGAGCCUCCAGCAAUAGACUUCCGGAUUCCAGGGCAGAUUGCAGAGGAAACCUCAGAGUUCCUAGAGCAACCAUGGGAUGUGACAGCUGUGAACAAAGAUUACACCAGUACAGGCCCAUCUCCUAAAAAAUGACCCCCAAAACCUCAUUCUCACUGCUCAUGACAAUCUCCUAGUUCUAAGUGUGAAAAAAUGCAGAUCUUUGCCCCUUAACCUGCCUUCCCCUAAACUAGUAGGACAAAUAAAACCUAAGUCACAUUUUGACUGUUUUCAAUAACCCCUCUACUGCAAUUGUAUCUUAUUUUACUACUUGUGUGCACGCGCACACACACACACACACACACAUAUAUAUAUAUUUAAAAAAAAUAAUUUGAAAGAGAGAGAGCAGUCUUUGACGCUCUGUUGGUAGAGACCACAACAGGGCUCUCCUUGCUCUUUGACAAGUCAUCUUGACUGUCAGAACACUGAGUCAGAUUCUGGACAUGAAAGCAAAUGGAACCCUUAAGCUGUCUCUGCUGUCAGAAAUGCAGUGAUAGCUGUCUCUGCUGCUAGAUCCAGCCAAGGUGUCAGAAUCAAGAUUUUCUGGCUCCCAAAUCCAGGGUACUGGGCAACACACUCAUGAUAUCUGUGUUAGAGCCGCACAAUCAUGUGGGAAAAGAGUGUGAGGAAUGGAGGGGGAGGGGGUGGAGUAGGCAAAAACAUACAUUUGUAUAACCAAAAAUUCUUGCACCAGUCCUGCUAGUUAUGUGUAUGUUUAUGUGUGGCUAGAUAUGUAUGCACUGAAGUAUGUGUAACGAGACAGCUUGUUGUGUGUGUGGCUACCAAGUGACUACUGAUGUAAAUGUGAGAGUGUGCAACUCAUUUGGUUUGGUUUGAGAAUGGUGUUGUGGACUAAAUAUUAUUUAUUUUGUGCAGCUAAAUAACUGUGUGCCUGUCUCUUAUUAAUAGAAACUAUUGUUAGACCCUUACAUUUUUCAUUGAACUAUUGAGAACUAUGUCAAGUAUUAAUAUACAUAUACACACACACAAGUUUAGAUGGAGCUGGUACUCCUGCAGUAUAAGGGUCACUUGAGUGCACACCACCAAACCCUAAAUUUUCUUUUUAAAGCUCAUUUAGUGCUUUUAAAUAGACGCCUUUGUUAAAUGGAAGGAACAAUGUUUCUACUGUACUAUUUUCUAUCUGAUAGCGAAAGUAAAUGUGGAGGUGCCCCAACCAUAUAACCUCAGCACUUCAAGGCUGAGGAUCAGGGAGAAGGUGUGCACCCUACAAUUUAAUUUGUAUACAUUCUCGUAUUUCAUUUUUAUUAUUAUGGAAAUUGCGGACACCAAUCCUAUUUCAUAAUUCUUCCUCUGUUUAAAAUUGUCCUGAUUCCACACACCUGUAUCUCCUAUGCCUGAUUAGAUAUCUUAGCUAAAUUUACCAUUUCUGGUUCCAUAUGUUUCACCAUCAUCCUAUCCUUCCUUAAAUCCAUUCCCCUCCCAAACUGCAUUCAAUUUGGCAAAGUGAGAAAUACAUUUUUAUGUGUAAACCUUAACCCUGGAGUGAGAAUAAAUUAUUUAUUACCAA